AUGGUACGCUACUCGGACACAUCCUUCUUUGGAAACUUGGAGGAAUCACCGAUAAUAUACGAGUGGAACCCUGCAAAUAUCACCGAGCCUGACCGCUUCAUGCAGCUGCUGGGACAAACUAUGAACAGCUUGGUGGAUCUUGCUGCUGAUGCACCGAAAAAAUUCGCAACAAAAGAAGUGAGCUUCACAAAUUUUGAUCAGUUUUCAAGCUGCCACACAGCCACCAGCGCCAUCGCCUCCAUCACCGCUUCUUCCUCCCCUCCCCCAGGUUCAGUAACGAGACCUGAUCAUGGAAAUAAUGACCAAAUCUCACCCUUAACAAUAGUGGCCAUUGUUGUUCCAAUUGCCGUAGUUCUUUUCUUGGUAGGCUGUAUUUUCUUAAAAAGAAAGACAAGGAAGAAGUAUGAUGCUGUACAAGAGCAAAAUGGCAACAUGCAUGAAAUUACUACCGUAGAGUCUUUGCAGUUUGACUUGGCUACCAUAGAAGCAGCCACAAACCGGUUCUCUGUUAAUAACAAGUUAGGCGGAGGAGGCUUUGGAGAGGUCUACAAGGUAACUGUGAUUUGA